UUCAUAUCCUACAGUGAACAUGACAGGCCUUUUGUAACCGAUCUAGUUAAUGAAUUGGAAAAUAAAGUCAAUAUGCCAUACAAGAUAUGUAUCCAUGACAGAGAUUUUCAAGUUGGAACACUUAUAGCUGAAAACAUCUCAUUCUCUAUAAAUAAUAGUAAUAUUACAAUUUUUGUAGUUUCUGAACACUUUAUUACCAGCGAAUGGUGUACAUUUGAAUUUCAAACUGCUUAUCGAACCAUGCUUCGAGAGGAAAGUACAAAAAUAUUAGUUAUAAAACGAGGUGAGGUCGAUAACGAGAAACUAGAUGAAAAUCUGAGAGCUUAUAUCCGUACAAAAUAUUACAUA